CUUCGCCUAAGGGAUUGAACUAUUGCUAAUAGUGCCCUAGCGAAAGCAUGACUGAGCACUUCCGGUCCUUUACGUCAAAAUUCUUGUAAUUCCCUUUCGCGAUGGAUCCCGCGUCCGUUGCCGAAGCAGCUAAGCUCCAACACCCCUCGUUUCUCACUACCGAACACUUACAAGCUGCGCUUGCAGCUUUAGUUCCAGGCCACCAAGCAGCGCUUCUGCCAGCUUCUGCUGCGCACCCGCUUGUUGCGGGCCAGGCUCUGCAGCCCCAGGCAGCAGAGCAGCCAAGUCCUGCAAGACAGCAACAGGCGAAACGCAAAGGCGGCCGGACUUGCGCGGACGAUGCAACUGCAGCAGGGGCAGCUCCCCCAGCACGCCCUCCUCCCAUCAAGCAUGAGGUGUACGAGGACCUGGAGGAGAAAUUCCAGCAGCUGCAGGCGGAGCGCGAGCCCAAGCGCCACCGCGGCAACCCCAAGGGCUACCAGAUCAAGUCCUUCUGCAAGAACCCCGCCUGCGGCAAGCAGCUCAGCGGCGGCCGCACCAACCGCUGCGAGCACUGCGGCUUCGACCUGGCCUCGCAUCGCCGCAACUCGCAGCUGGAGCGACUCAUCAAGACGGGGCCCAUGGCAGCUGCGCAGGUUCGCACCAGCCUGCGUGACGCCGCCAACGAGGUGCACGUGCGCACGGGUGGAAGGGCGGUGGUACUCACCCUGGCGUACAUCGAGGGAGGCGGGCCGGCGCCGGCGCAGGCCAUAGCGUACGGCAAGCCCGCGGCUGCGUUUGUGGAGGCUCGCAAGGAGCUGAUCACGAGCUUCGAGGCGGCGUGCCGAGAGCACUUCAAGGAGGCCCAGGCAACCAGCGCUCCGGGGCACCAGCAGCCGCAAGACCCCCAACAGCAGCAGCAGCAACAGCAACCAGCCCCGUUGUUGCCGCCUCCGCUCUCUGCGCCGCCGGGGCCGCAACAACCGCACCUGCUCCUGCACCACCACUCACUUCCUCACCCCGGCACCGGACCCUCCGCCACCUCCUCCACCAGCCAACUCCUCGCCUCCCUACCCGGCUACCAACCUGGCUACCCGCAGACCUCGCUCCCCCUCCCACCACUCUCCUUUACCUCCGCCACCGCCGCUUCCGCUUCCGCAGCCACCACCACCACCUGUCCCAUGGGUCACCCGUCGCCCCUACCUCAGCCCCUACCCGCCAGCCUUCUCCCCUUGGUAGACCUCGACUCCAUCAUCUCCGCCACGCUGCCCGACCCGCAGCCCCUGCUAGCGCGCUGUCGUGAGGCCCGGCUGAGCGGUGAGGUGCUGUGUCGGCUGCCGCAGGGCAUGCAGCUGACGGUGCUGAUGCAGGCGGGGCUGCUGCCCGGGGAGGCGGCGAGCGUGGUGGUGGAGCUGGAGACGAGGCUGAGGCUGCUGCAGCUGGCGCCGCAGCUGCCCGGGGGGAACCUUGCGGGGGUGGCGGCGGCGGCGCCAGGUGCUCAGGGACCUCAGCAGCAGCAGGGGCAGCAGCAAGCUGCGGGUGGGGUGUAUGGUGCUGUUGGGGUGCAGCAGGGGCAGCGGCCCUCAGCGGUGGUGCAGCACCCACGCAAUCGCCAUCAGGUGGUGGUGCAGCAGCAGCAGCAGCAGCAAGAGGCGUUGCAGCUGCAAGUGCAGCCGCUGUUGGCGCCACAGCAGCAGCAGGGGCAGGUGCCUGCGUCAGCAUUUGCAGGGGGCCCGGGGGCCGGGUCUGCAGGCGGGAACACCGCAUGUGGCAAUGGUGGUGGCGGCGCCAGCUUUGGGCCCUUCCCAUAUUUCGGAGCCAUGUCCCCGAACGUCACUCCUCCAGGGUUGGGGCCCUCCGGACACAGCGGGAUGGGGCCGCUUCUAGGCCCCUUGCAUGCAGCGCUGGCGGCGGCCGCUACAGCGGGG